AUGAAAAACAACCCCGACUUAGAGAAAGACUAUAUAUUUAAUAGUUUAGUCAAAAGAGACAAACAAGAAAGAAUGCCAGGCUUCAAACUUAAGAAAGGUGACAAAGUAAAAAUAGAAAUACCUAAACGCGACCCAUAUGAAAAUACUAUUGACUAUGACAACAAUGGGAACCCGACAGGUACUCACAUUCGUGUUCGUAAAAAUAGAAGAAAGUAUACAAGAGAAUAUUAUGAAGUUUUAGGCAAACAUGGCAAAAUGUACAGACUGCAAGCAGAAGAUAAAACUACUAUUGUCAGACCUCGUUUCAAACUUGUUAAGGUUCAAGGUGGUAUACUUUCAAAGACAGUUCCUAACAAAUAUAAGACAACUCCUGACGAAUAUGCUAAAGAAGUUGAAAAUGACGACUAA